AAGCUGUUGUCAACGGAAGUAUUGUCAACGGUCGACUGCACCUUACAAGCCACUUUUAGGGGCGCCGCACUUGCUAGAGGUUCAGGGAUUUCUUCAGCUCUCCACCUUUUGCUUUAGGACAGGCUUCUAGCCAUGUCUGCUGUGGUGGAUCUAAAGACGAAGGAGGAGAAAGAUGCAGAGCUGGACAAAAGGAUCGAAGCUCUGCGGAAGAAGAAUGAGGCUUUGGUCAAGAGAUAUCAGGAAAUACAGGAAGAUAAGAAAAAGGCUGAACAGGAGGGCAUCGCUGUGACAACACCUCGGAAACCCCGCCCUCAUGAGCCUGAGUCUGAACGGAGAAAGACGGAAAAGGAGAACUUCUCAGUGACCGUUGACUUGUCCAAAUCAGCUGCGGAGAAGCGUGUGGCGAAUGACAGGAAACCAGCUAGUCAUCGUGGUGACCAGGGCCCAGAAGAAGAAGAGUCUGGUCUGCCUCAUGGUGAGAGUCCCCCCCACAGAACCGGAUCGGGCCGGCUGAGCAGAGGUGGCCACCGCGGCGGAAGAAGAGAGCCUCGUUCAAACAAAGGUGAACCAUGGUCGGAGAGGCAACCUCAGGAUGGUGAAGGUGGAGAGGGUCCAGCUCGUACUGAACGCUCCUCUAGAGGAGGGUGGAGAGGAGGAAGAGGUGGAGGAGGAACGCAAGGAGGAUCAGGCUCGGACAGGAAAUCAAAGGAGUGGGAGGAAAAAAGAAGACAGAACAUAGAGAAGAUGAAUGAAGAGAUGGAAAAGAUUGCUGAAUAUGAGAGAGGUCAAAAAACUGAUGGAGAGAAGAACCCCAUCAGAAACUUCCUUGAUGACCCACGGCGUAGUGGGCCGAUACUAGAAACUGACCGCAAGGAGGGAAGCCGGCGUCACGUGCGCAACUGGGGUGGAGUUGACUUUGACAAUGUGAAGACUGGUGCCGAGGUUGAGAAAGAAUGGACGAAUCGUAGGCCAAGCGGUAAAGGCUCAGUGGAUAUGACUCUGUCCAUGACUGGCCGAGAAAGAGCCGAGUAUCUCCGCUGGAAAAAGGAGCGAGAGCAGAUUGACGAAGAACGACUGGCUCGUCACCGUAACGCCACUGGCCAGUGGAGACGAGAGUGGGAUGUCCAGAAAACAGAUACAAUGUUCAAGGAGGACUCAGCUGUGGCUGGAGAGGGCACACGGGGUAGGGUGGAAGAUAGCAAGAGGCCCCCCAAGGCACCAACCUUCGGGGACUUCAUGGGACAGGGCAAACCCAGACAGGGAGGCCGUGGACGAGGGAAGGGUCACGGUCAAAGCAAAAGCUACAGCAUGCAUGAUAAUCGGUGGGAAGGGGAAAAUGAAGAGGAGAAAGGAAGAAAGGAGGAGCAAGAGAAGGAGAAGGAUGAAGAGAAGGUCAAAGAGAAGGAAAACGAGAACAAGGAUGGCACCCUCAAGGCUACAUUGUCAGACAAGAAGUCUGAUGAAGGAGGCCUCGCUGAAGAGGAUGAUGAUGAGUGGGAGGAUGCCAGCGAUGGUGAACAGGAAGAUGUAGAAGAGGAUGAAAAAGCAGAUCACGAGGAAGACUCAAAAGAUGCUAAACCAACAGAAAAGACCCCUACCUCUCCUGCAACCUCUACUCCCAGCCCAAAAGAGCAACGUACCCCAAGACCCAAAGUCCACAUCCCUUCCCCACAGGAGACACUCAGUACACCAGAGGGACCCAAACCGCACAGCCCUUUCUCCCCACUGGACGGUCACCAGCCUGUGUCAGACUGGGGUGAAGAAAUGGAGAUGCUUUCUCCUAAGAGCAGUCUGGGCGAGAGCCCUCUGAGGCCCAGCAGCACUGAAAGCAGUCCAGCUCAACCUAAGAGCAAUCCAGCUGAACAUAACACGGAUACCACCCCCAGCCAGCCAGAAGAACCAGAAACAAAAGAAAGUGCAUCUACAGUGGUGGAUUCAGCUUCCUGUGAAACACAAAAGGAGCCGGUACCAGCUGAAUCUGCUGACACAACCACCUCGAGCAGCCAUGACACAGGAGAUCCUGUAGUGCCGCCCACCACAGACAGCGUCAACCAGAGCAAGGACAGCGACGCCCCCACUAUAGAGCUGGAUCAGAGUCAGCCUGAAACUAAGGUUGGGGAGGAAACAGCAGUGGAUUCUUCAGAUCAACCCUCCUCAGGUGCUGUUCUUAUUACCAGCUUUGAGACUGUGGAAUUUCGAAAGAAAUCCCUUACUUCAGCUGACUUCUAACAACUAACCGACGUCCUCCCCUUUUCUUCGCACACUUCAGUCUUUCUUUUCUCUCUGUCUCUCCCUCCCUGUUCACUACACUCAUGUCUCCUUUACGUUCCCGUGUCCAUCUGUCUCAUGGCAUGAGAUGGCAUCUGCUGUUGAGCUUGUUUCUAUCGUCUUUGACAAAUGAGAAUGCAGCUCCUCAGGCUAUGACAGUCCUCCCCCUCCUCUGGGACUGACUGCUUCUGUCUGCAGCUUCACACUUGCUGUCAUUCUCCACUGUGAACCUUGUACACCUCCUCCAGCAUGACUAAAAUCCCGCGUUUAUUGUGCUCCCGGAUCCCCUCAUUGUCAUUCAUGCACCUCUUUGAUUUCACACCUUUCCCUGGAUGACAUGUUUGGAUUUGGGUUAUGGCUUUUUCCCCUUUCAUGCAUGUCACAAACUGCUUGAGCAAAUAAGUGUUGUUUUGAUUUUUAUUCCAUUUUUGCAAAAGCAUAUAUAUAUGUGUGAGUGUG